AUGCCCCCUCUCGCCGCUGUCCGCGCAUCCAAUGCGCGCUUCUCCCCGCCCACACCGCCCGUCGCGAUCUUCGUCGGCGGGACGUCCGGCAUCGGGCAGGGCACCGCGCAGGCCUUCGCGCGGCACACGCGUGGCGCGGCGCACAUCAUCCUCGUCGGGCGGAACCGCGCCGCCGCCGCCGCGCUCUUCGCGACCUUCCCCCGGUGCGCGACCUCGAAGUACGAGUUCGUGCCGUGCGACGCGAGCCUGCUGCGCAACGUCGCCGCGACGACCGCCGGCCUCCUCGCGCGCCUCCCGCGGGUCAACUACCUCGUGCUGACGUGCGGCGCGCUCCCGAACGCGUGGCAGGUCCUCCGCGGCGCGCGCGCGCCGACGGCGGAGGGCAUCCCCGAGGCGCUCUUCGCGGUCACGUACUACGCGCGCGCGCAGUUCGCGCGGGACCUCCUCCCGCUGCUCCGCGCAGCGCGCGCGGCGGGGGAGGACGCGGCCGUCCUGACUGUCCUCGCCGCGGGGCACGGUGGGCCGGUCGACUUCGCCGACAUGGGCAUGGAGGGCCCGUGGAGCGUGCGGACGCUGCGCCCGACGGUGAUCACUUAUAUGGACAUGAUGGUCGAGAGUCUCGCAGCCCUCGCCCCUGAGGUGACCUUCACGCAUAUAUGCCCUGGGAUUGUGAGCACGCCGCUGUUCCCCGGUUGGGUGCGGCCCCUCGCGGACCUGCUCCUCACGUCGAUCGACGACUGCGGGGAGUUCAUGCUCCAUGCGCUGCUCAUGAGUAGGGGAGGCGGCGCGAUGCGAAUGGGUGAGCACGCCGACGACGUCGGGUUGCAGGGGUACUUUGGCGGCGAUGAGGUCCGGGAGCGGGUGUGGGCGCAUACGACAGAGGUGAUCGAGCGUGCGUUGGCGAAGACCGAGACAGUGGUCCCCUCCGAGUCGGUGGGAGGCCAGUAG